AUGCUGAACAAGGUCAAGCAGAGUCUCCACAAGCACUUCCUCCCGCCCGACCUGCACAAGAGUCUGAAUGCACCCGAGGGUGUUGUCCGGCCCAAGGUGUGGCUUGACGUUGUGCGCGGCGAGGAUUCCAAUGACACCAAGCGCAUUGAGAUUGGGGCCCAACACGAACGGGUGCCAGUUCUUCAUCACGCUCGCCGAGUCCGAGUUCCUGAACGGCAAGCACGUCGUGUUUGGCCGUGUUGUCGGCGGAUGGGACGUCGUGAAGAAGAUCGAGGCAGUCCCGCUUGCCGGGGAGCGGUAAGCGAGAGGAACGAUUCAGCUGACGCCAGUCCGGCCGAGGUCGUUGGCAUUGUCGCGUGUGGCGGUGACCCCGCGCCAGGCCAGCAGGGUGUGAACACGGCUGGCCAGCAAGCUGGUACUGGCGCUGGCACCGCCGCUGGCGCCGGCGCCGCUGCGGGAGGCGCUGCUGGUGCCGCCGGUCUUGCGGGUCAGCACGCCGCGCAGCAGCAGCAGGGCGCCGCCCUCCCCACCGAGCACACGCAGCAGACGCAGAGCGCCCUCCCCCAGGAGCACGCCGGCCAGCCGCAGCACGCGCUUCCCCAGCAGAACAUCAACCAGCCCCAGCACGCGUUGCCCCAGGGGCACGUCAACCAGCCUCAGCAUGCGCUGCCGCAGGAGCACGCGAAUCAACCCCAGCAUGCCCUCCCGCCUGGCCAGCAGCAAGGUGGUAUCGUCGGGCAGGGCCAGCAGGUUCCUCAGCAGGGCGUCGCCGGCGGUGUUGCUGGAGUCCAGCAGGGUGUCGCUGGCCAGGCCCCCCAAGGAGUUGCCGGACAGGGCGUGCAGGGCAUCCAGCAGCAAGGUCUUGCUCAGCAGGGCCAGCAGAUCCCCGGCCAACAAGGCAUUGCUCAGCAAGGUGUCGCUCAGCAGGGCGUACCCCAGCAGGGCCUUCAGCAAGGCGUCCCCCAGCAAGGCCUCCAGCAAGGCCAGCUGCACCAGGGCGUUGCCGGCCAGCAACUCAACCAGCAGGGCCAAGCGCCCGUCUCGGCACAGCAGCUCGCGCCCGAGCAAGGCGGCCAGUCUGCCCCUCUCGCCGACCGAUUCCCGGACCCGCCGCAGGCGCAGCCCGCCCAGACCACUCAGACCAUGCAGGGGCAGUACUGA